AGCGAGCCGCAGCCCCGCGGAGGCGAUGGCGGCGGCCGCGGCGCUGUGGCGGCUGAGCGGGCCAUCAGCGCGGCCCCUGGCCGCGGCCUGCAGCAGCGCGGCGGGAGGAGCGCCGCUGACGCUGCGGCGGCAGUCGGGGGGCGUGCGAAACAUUAUCCUGAACAACCCCGGGAGACGGAACGCGCUGUCCCUCUCCAUGCUGCAGGCGCUGAAGGAGGACCUCCUGCACGACGUCAAGAGCAAAGAGCUCCGCGUGAUCGUCAUUUCGGCUGAAGGACCCGUAUUUUGUUCUGGCCAUGAUUUAAAGGAGCUGUCAACUCAAGAUGAUGUGAAGCAUCAUACCCAAGUAUUUGAAGUAUGUGCAGAGGUUAUGACUUUAAUCCAGAGACUUCCAGUACCAGUGAUUGCCAAAGUGAAUGGCCUGGCCACAGCAGCAGGCUGUCAGCUAGUGGCGAGCUGUGACAUUGCGGUGGCAAGUGAGAAAUCACGCUUUGCUACUCCUGGAGUAAACAUUGGAUUGUUUUGCUCCACACCAGCUGUGGCCCUGGGCAGAUCUCUUCCAAGAAAGGUGGCAUUGGAGAUGCUUUUCACGGGUGAGCCUCUUUCUGCCCAUGAAGCGUUAAUGCACGGGCUUGUCAGCAAGGUGGUACCAGAAGACAAGCUGGAAGAAGAGACCAUGAGAAUCUCUCACAAGAUAUGUGAAAGCAGCAAAUCCGUCCUGGCACUGGGGAAAGCCACCUUCUACAGACAGAUGGCUCAGGACCUUGAUACUGCUUACAAAAUAACCUCUCAGGUCAUGGUAGACAAUUUGACUUUGAGGGAUGGGCAGGAAGGUAUCGAAGCCUUCAUUCAGAAACGCAAACCUGUCUGGUCACACGCUCAGGAUGAGAAGAAAUGAAUCCUGUUUCUAAGCUAAGCUGAGGUGUACUUCCAUGAUUCACACAGUUGCCUUUGGGAAAUACGUUUCUGUUCUUAUUGAAAGUUUAUCAUACACAAUGCCAAAGCCACAGUAAAUUUCUUAAAGUUUAUUACAUAUACUUAGAAAUAAAAUCACACCAAAUGCUUGUUUUUUUCAGCAA